AUGAAGUCAUUCUUUUUGUUAACUGCCGCUGCCACCGCUGCCCAAGCUGCGGUCAUCAAGAGAGAAGGUACAUGUGCCUUCCCAAACGGUGAAGGUAUGGUAUCUGUUCAGAACCAAGGUGAAAAUGCUGGUUGGGCCAUGCAUUAUGACCAGAAAUGUACAUACGGUUCAUGGUGUCCUUAUGCCUGUGCGCCAGGUCAGUUGAUGGCACAAUGGAACCCUGCUGCAACUUCCUACAGUUAUCCAGGUUCAAUGCAGGGUGGCUUGUACUGUGAUGAAUCUGGUAAUCUGCAAAAGCCUUUUGCAGACAAGCCUUAUUGUUAUGAAGGUAAAGGCACAUUUAUUGCCAAAAACAGUGCUGGUAGUGAUGUUGCUUUCUGUCAGACUGUUCUGCCUGGUAACGAAGAAAUGCUAAUUCCUACUGUUGUCGGUUCCGGCUCUCAGCAAACACUAGCAGUUCCUGGUACAGAUUAUUGGGCUGGUACUGCAGCUCAUUAUUACGUCAACCCUCCUGGUGUCAGCGCGGAGAAAGCCUGUGCCUGGGGUACUAAUGAAAACCCAUGGGGUAACUGGUCACCUUAUGUCACUGGUGCUAACCAAGACGCUAAUGGAAACACUUACACCACCAUCGGUUGGAAUCCUAUCUACUUAGAGAGUACCACUCCAUUCAGAAAUGAGAAGCCAACUUUUGGUAUUAGAAUUACCUGUGAAAAUGAAGCCGACUGUGUUGGUUUGCCAUGUGCCAUCGACCCUAGAAAACAAAACAUCAACGAGGUAGAAGGUGCUGGUAGUAUUGGUGCUGGUGGUGCUGCUUUCUGUGUCGUUACCGCUACAAAUGGUUCUAAAGCAAACAUUGAAGUGUUCUCUGUCUAA